UAUGAACAUUCAAAGUUACUGUUUUUCUGAUAUUGUUAUCAACUAGAGAGGGUAGGGAGGGGAUAGACAUAGCCUUUGCAUUUAUUUAAUUAUGUGCUUCUUGAUAGGCUAUAACUUUUGUAUUAAAUGAGAGUGAAAAAGGAGGAGAGAAAGCAACUUGGGCUUUUGUCAUCUCUUGCCUCCCCUUUAUUGGGACUCUUUGUUUCCAUUUCUUUAUCACUUUCUCCCUAACUCCUUCUGUUCCUUGCCGGCCAUCUUCAUUGUUUCCCAUCUCCCUCUCAGCUGUGUCUUAAUCAGGUUUUGAUAUACUUAUAACCAAACCAGAAACCAAGAACAGAUAAAAACCCAUGAGAGAAGACUCUGGUGUAAGAAUGAACAUGUUACAAGAAGGAGAAGAAGAAGCAAAAGAAAUCCAUAAGAGAUCUACAAUGAAUUCUCCUUGUGAGAAAACUGAUUCCAAGACUUCAAAGGAGAACAAAACAGAAAACCAAGCAUCCAAAAGAAGGAAAGUGAUCCAGAAGACUGUGGUCACAGUGAGGAUUGAAGAAAAUGCUGGAGGGCAGAAGAAUGAAGGUCCACCUUCUGAUUUUUGGUCUUGGAGGAAAUAUGGACAAAAACCCAUCAAAGGAUCUCCUUACCCAAGGGGUUAUUACAGGUGCAGCACAUGUAAGGGUUGCUCGGCAAGAAAACAAGUAGAGAGAUGCAGAACAGAUGCUUCAAUGCUCAUCAUAACCUACACCUCCACCCACAACCAUCCAGGUCCAGACGUCCACACAAACCCAAACCAAGGCCAACCAAUCCUCAGCACUCAACCCACAGUAGAGGAGAAACUACUCCCCUCUACUCCACAGCAACAACAACUAGAGGAACCCAUAAUUGCUAGUGAUGAAGAUACCAGCAAAGACCAUCUCCAACACUUGCAGUCUUCUCACAAUUGCUCUCAGCUGGACAUCAUCACCAACCAGGAGGAAAAUCCUUCAACAGUAGAUGAGCAAGAGAAAACCCAUAACCCAUUAAGUUUCCUCUUCCAUGAAAAGCCUCUCUCUUUCUCACCCCUUAUGACCUUCUCCACCCCUAAAUCUGAAGAAAAUGACUUCUUUGAUGAGCUCGAAGAAUUACCCAUAUCUUCAUCUUUUACAAGCAUCAUGAGGAGCAGUUCCUUUGACGAAAGGAUCCUUAUUCUUCCUUCUUGAGAGGAUAUCAGUAAAUGUGGUCAUAGCUAGAAAUUCUUAUUUCUCACAUAUGAUACACUAAAUCAUUUCUUAUUCUUCCCCAAUACCUCUCUCUCAUCAGUUUUGGUUCAAACUUCUAUACAUUUUGUUACAUAAUUGUUUUCUGAUUUGUUAAUUUAAAGCGGGCGGAUCAGCCGAGACAGAUGAUAUCGUCUCUGGGCUGAGAAAAUA